AGACUUCAAAUUAACAGCUAGAUAGAUAAACAAAAACUUUAGGAAAAAUCCAUUCUUGACGACCUUUUUUCUGUUUGUGCUGUUGACCCUGGAAAUUCCCCUCCCUUUCUCUUGUUUCCACUUUUCUACGUGCUGUUCUUGUGAUGUGAUUGAGGCGACUGAGGUGAUCGUCGUCGGCUGUUGUGUCUGCUACGUGAUGCCGUAUUUAGGAAUAGGCGUUCUUUGCAGGUAUUCCUAGGAUCAGAUGUACCAUCACACCUUGGUUGCGCGAUUGAUCCACGGGGUGCGGCUGUUCGAACGUAAAAAUAGUUUCGUCUCGUAGGCGUGUUUGCCGUAGGACCCCAGCUCUCAAGAUGGCUUCCGUUGCCCUUGGAGACAAGCGGCACCCCUCCACUGUCAAGAGCACCAGCACUCCCGAUGAUGACAUGCGCGCCUACGUGUGCGGCUGGGGCGCCGCCUUCGUCAACAUCAUCUGCACCUUCCCCAUGAACAAGGUCAUGUUCCGGCAGAUGCUGCACGGUGUCCAGACCAACCACGCCUUCGAGCAGCUACGCCGAGAAGGAUUCCGCCACCUCUACCGCGGCUGCCUCCCUCCUCUCGUCCAGAAGACUAUUUCCGUGUCUAUAAUGUUUGGGACCUUCAGUGGCUACAGCAGAUUCAUUACGCACCACUUUCCAGAGUCCAGCGACCUCACGGUCAAGCUCUUUGCCGGACUCAUGGCGGGUUCUACAGAGGCACUGCUGACCCCGCUGGAGAGAGUUCAGGCUUUGCUUCAAGACAAGGAGCACCAUCACCGCUUCAGGAACACGCUCCACGCAUUCAAGUUUCUCUCACCAUACGGCAUCACGGAGUACUACCGCGGGCUGGUCCCGAUUCUGUUCCGCAAUGGUCCAAGCACUUUUCUGUUCUUCACGCUCAGAGACGAGCUGGGACAUCGUGUUCCUGUGGACAAGGACAUAUUCUGGCAACGGACUUUGAGCGACUUUGUGAGUGGGGCACUUAUCGGGGCUUUCGUGAGCACCUUGUUCUACCCGGUGAAUGUCAUCAAGACUAUAAUGCAAGUGCAGUACGGCCCUCCUCACCCUGGUAUGGUAGCCGUCUUCAGAGACACGUACGCUGAGCGCAAGAGCUUAAGGAGGAUGUUCUAUGGAGUCCAUCUCAAUUACACACGGGCACUUGUCUCGUGGGGAAUCAUUAAUGCAUCUUACGAGUUUUUCACAACUCAAUACAUGAAGCAUGUCAGUAAUUCAAGGAGUAGUUGAUGAAUUGUAAUGUCUCCUGGCAUUCAGUAAUGCUUACAGCAUACUUCGUGCUGUACUUAGGUUCAUGCAUUAAUUUUAGUUGGUUUGUGAGGAUCUUUCUUGUAGCGUUCUCUUGCUUGGGUGAAAGGAAAAUAGAAUGCUAUGAUUUUCAGCUCAUAUAGUGCUUUCAAAUAGUUUCUAAAGGAGCUAAGCACUGUCUUUCACGAGUGUAUGAGCAAUUCAAACAUGGCAUAUAGCUUUAGAGCUUUGGUGCUGUGUAUAUGUGCAUCAGCAUCAUACCUGGUGGUGUGCACACUUGUUAUUUCGUUGGAGUAUUUAUUUGCUUAAUGUCCAUAAGGUGUGCUUUCCUUGCAUUGUGAAACCACUCACAAAUCUUUGCAAGGUGACGAGGAAAGUGCCAGUAACAUGGCAAACAUUGCAACUGUUGUUACAAACAUUAAAAAAAUGCUUUGAAUGUGAUCUCUAGUAAUUAUAUUAUAAUCUUGCAAGCAGUUUUUAAUGUCAUUGAACUCACAGUUUUAAACAUGUCUAGUUGAAAGCACAGGCUUCUUCAAUAGGACUCUGUUCAAGAGUUGGAGCUUAAGUUCGUCAAAGCCAUCUCGAACUCUCAUCAGUGACAGCUGUACUACUGACUAGGCACAGAAUACUUCCUGAUCUUCAGGCAGCUUUGCCCGCCUUGUGUUGUAAACAGCUAGUAGAUGUAAAAGAAAAUCGCACAGAAGCCUAAAUGCAGUCUGGAGUAUUCCGCCACACAAAUAAAUAUAGCGUCUUGUGCCCAGUGCUUAAAAUUCAAAUGCCAUUUAAGGUUAAAUAUCGGCAAUUCUAUAGACUUUGUACCAUAGGUUGUAAAAUGUGGUGUUUUGCAUACCUUAAAUGUAUUUGCAUGCUGACACUAAGGGCAUGCUUUUAAAAUUUAAUUAAUGGGCAAGUGUGGUUCUUCAUGUACACUACAGAUGAAUGUUUCAGGAAUAUUUGAAUGAUUGCUUAUAGUAAUAUUACCCAUUCUAAAACAAAACAUCCGAAGAAAUUGUGUUUAGAAGGUCACCUCUAGAACUGUUUUAUUAUUUACUGUCAAGUGUCUGUUCUGAAUCUAAUAGACUUUUGGGUCAGUAGAUCUCGAAGUCUGUCUGUCUACUGUGCAGUUUGGGCCUCGUGUGUACCUGACUGUUAUCUUCAAGAAGAGGUUGACGUCCAUGUAAUUUGUGCAGGUAUCUAAGCACUAUGUAUUACAUACCACAAACAGGAAAUUAUGAUUAUUUAAGCUUAAAGUAACAUAUUGCGGUGCUUUGUCUGCACAUUUGUUCAAGUAAUUCUGGUCUCUGAAUUCCUAUAUUUUCAAUGCACCGGGCAACGCAAAAAGUACAAAGAGAUCGCUUAUUUUUACCAACGAAAGUAUUUACUGGAGUUGAGAGAUAUCCUUGGCCAUGCCAGACUUGUUGAAUAUUUUGCCUGUUUUUUGGAUCUCUGGUUUGGAAAUUAGUACAUGCUAAUUAGAAAUAAAGCCUGUUUUUACACAU